UUGAUUGAGCCUGAGCCUUGACAUGAAAUCAAUAUCACAAUGUCUUGGCAACGUAUCCCUGUGGAUUGAACAACAAACCCAUGACAUGUUCUAUUGGGUUGGUCUCAAAAUUGCCGAUUAUCCAAAGUGGACGCUCUUUAUCACAACAAUAUGGGCGUUAUUGAUGGCUGGAGGAGUUGUGAGGUUCAAAGAAGUCAACAAUGUUCGAGAUCAUUUCAGUGCAACAAACUCGCCGUCACGAUACGAAUAUAGAGUUGCUCGAGAAUUCUUCCAAGAGCUCGGGAGCCCAUUCCACGUGGUUGUGGCCAUGCAAGCCGCCGAUGGUGGAAGUUUAUUAAGGCCCAAAUACAUCGAUAAAGCAUUGGAAAUCGAAGAUUUCCUCCAAUACAAGCUCAAGGGUUCAUUCGGAAAUCAAAGUUAUUCUUACUCGGACUUUUGUGGAACCCAAUGCGAGACUUCCGACGCUGUCAGCAUUUUCCUUUCCAUGUUCCGGGAUCAACAAAUAAAGAAGACGGCUCACGUGAAAUUGACCUAUCCAAGUAUGGAUGUGUUUGGGCACAGAGUGUAUUUAGCGAAUAAUAUAUUUCAAGUGAAAAUCAAUAAUCGAUCGAGCAUCAUCGAAGAGUCGAAGCUUGUUGCUAUCAACUUUCACGCAAUUUAUAAUAACGAGACUAUGUACGAGAUUAUGAAGGAAUGGGAGCAGAAACUCUUCGCCUACACUCUGUCCACAGAAAACGAUCCUCUGAUCCGUGUCUACGUGACCAGUGAAGGCCUGGUAUCGGAAGAAGUUCGUCGAACUGGAAUCCUUGCGAUGCCUCUGAUGGGUGUCACGUUCCUGAUCAUUCUCGCAUUUACGAUACUGACAACUCUCAAGAGGGAUCCAGUGAAGUCAAAACCUUUUGAAGCAUUCCUCGGAGUUAUUUGUCCUAUUUUAUCGUUAUGUGCUUCCUUUGGACACUUGUUUUGGAUGGGAUUCGAAUACUUGCCAAUUGUCACAGUUGUUCCCUUCUUAAUUUUGUCGAUCGGGGUAGAUGACGUGUUCAUUUUUAUUCACGCAUGGCACCGAACCCCUUACAAGCACUCAGUGCGCGACCGUAUGGCUGAAACACUUGCCGAUGCUGGACCAUCCAUCUCGAUCACUUCUCUGACCAACUUGCUCUCCUUUGCAAUUGGAAUCUUCACCCCAACACCGGCAAUCUACACGUUCUGUGUUUUCAUUUCAACUGCUGUUAUUUAUGAUUACAUUUAUCAAAUCUUCUUCUUUUCGGCUGUCCUUGUGCUCAGUGGAGAGCGUGAAGAACAACGAAAGAAUGCGUAUUUAUGGUGGAAAGAUGUGCCACUACCAGAAGAGCCAACUGGAAAACAGAAGAAAGAAACUAUCGUGAGCAGAGUGCUUGGAAAAGUUUUAGACUUUUGGGUUGACUUUAUAAUGGCCAAAUGGAGCAAGUUCCUUAUCGGAGCUAUUAUGAUAACUUACUGGAUCUUUAUGGCAAGAGGUGUUAUGGAAAUCGCGGUGGGCUUGAGUUCCGAGAAGCUUUUCCUAGACGACUCGCCACUUCUCCCACUGGUUCGAUUGCAAACAAAUGUGAUUUUCAAAGAGGGUGGCCAAGUAGCAGUGUUUGUGAAUAAUCCGGGAAAUAUGAGUGAACCUGAUGCGGUACCGGAAAUUAUGAGGAUUCUGAGAAGGUUUGAAGUUGCUAAUAACAGUGUUGGAGCUGCAAGUACCCAUAUGUGGUUGCUACCAUAUUUACCAUAUGUUGGAGAGCAAGAGCAUGGAUCCAUUGAGUUCAAGUAUCGAUAUUUGCCAGAAUUCUUCAAGUUGACAGAGUUCAGAAGAUGGUCGCAUUUUGUGAACUUGGGAAAUCAUCAAGAUUGCCUUUCCGAGAAGCCUUCCUGCCUCCAAAAGUUUGUAUUCUCUACCGGAUUCCAUGAUGCAGUAUCCUGGUCCGACCGGCUCGCUCUUCUAGAAAACUGGCGAGAAAUGGCUUCAGAGUAUCAGCACUUGAACCUGACGAUUUACGAAGACUUUAGCAUGUAUUCCGAUCAGCUUCUGACUAUUGUUCCAGUAACUCAAUCAACAGUUUUUUGUGCUCUCAUCUGUAUGAUCAUGAUUUUAACCUUGUUCACACCUUCUCCAGUGACAAUUGUCACUUCAACAGCCGCAGUUUUGUCGAUCAACUUGGGAGUUUUUGGAUGUCUGGUCUAUAUGAACAUUGAUCUGGAUCCGAUUUCGAUGACCACACUUCUCAUGGCCAUCGGUUUCUCUGUAGACUUUGUAGCACAUAUUACGUGGCACUACUAUAAGGGAGACUUCCACUCAAAGCGAGCAAGAAUCCGGCAUGCACUUGCCGGAAUCGCCUGGCCAAUGUUCCAAGCGGGAACUUCUACUAUGUUAGCAAUUACCGUGCUUGCCCUGGUUCAUGCCUACAUGGUUCAGGUCUUCGUGAAAGUCGUCGUGUUGGUAAUCUUCCUAGGAAUGUUCCAUGGUCUUGUCGUGCUCCCGAUCGUCUUCUCAGCCCUCCCAUUCACAAAAACAUCAGGUCCGCAAAAGAAAAAGGUAGCUCCGUUGCAAAUGCACGAAGCUGGUCCGAUUCCAAAGAAGGAAGAGCCAAAAGUUAUCAAAGUGAACGGAGAAGAAGAUGAAGAAGACGAGAAAACAACAAAAGAGGAACCAGUUGAAAAAUCCGUUCGGAGCGCUGAGCGGGCUUAACUUUUUUGUUUUCCGUAAUUUUUUAUUUAUUUUUUAAAUUUUUUUCCCCCAAACUCCCAGUUUUCAGAACUCUCCCGUUGAAAUUCACGUUCCAUACCGUUUUUUUUUGCCUGUUUUCCCCUCCCAAGUGCUCCAAUCGAUAGUUUUACGGGUUCUUCUGAUCCACUUUCAAAAGCUAGAUGUUUUGUUAGUGAUUGAUUCAAAUGUGCUAUAUGUUUUUUUUUAUUACUACGCCUAGAAUUUUUUUGAUAUUGAGAAUAAAUUAUUUUUUAUAAAUU